AUGCCUUAUAAUUUAGUUCUUGAUCAAUCAUCACCACUGUCUGACUGUAACUCGACGUCAGUACUUCCUGAAAUAUGGUACAGCCCAGGUUACAUGGAAUGUCUACUCAGCUUUGUUUAUUCAAGCGAGAUUCUUAAGCAGAAUGGGUAUGUUGUUGAACCGUUGACGGAAACCGAGCUCGAGAGAAAGAUCAAGUGCGAUCGCUGUUUCAAAUGCAAGUUCACAACAUUAAUUAAUAAUACCAAAAAAAAUGUAGAUACUGCCGAAGGGAAGUUAAAGGAAUGUAAAAAAGAUAUAAACAUUCAUGAUUUGGCCGCACUUAGACUCGAGGAAUCGGGCGAUACAACUUCAGUUAUUCGAGGAAUAAAUGGAAAUUUCGAGAAACCAAGUCGAACUAAUCACGACAAAGUAGUGCGAGGACAGGAAAUUAAUCAACCUCAAGUAACCUUGAAAUGCAGAUUCCACGAUGGUGUCAUUCAAAGACAGCGUUGGACCUGCUGUUACAAGUAUCAGUUUAGUGACGGUUGUCAAUCUAAAAAGGAUCACAACGCUCCCGACCAUGUAGAUGAAAAGCUCCGGAAGCAGUGGAACUACGUUCGUACCCCCACUGUUGUGAAGCAAGCAAUUCCGAAAGCUGCUGUAGCUAUCGACUGUGAGAUGGGCGGCACUUCAACAAGAGAAAGUGUUGUAAUCCGUGUAACUAUGAUUGACUAUUUUACAUCGGAAGUCUUGGUUGAUGAACUGGUCUAUCCAGAUACACGGAUAGUAGAUUACCGAACGCGAUUCUCGGGUGUCACAAGAGCACAAAUGGAAAACGCAGUCCGGAAACGAAAGUGCCUGUUUGGCUUAGAAGCAGCACGGAAGGCAAUUUGGAAGCAUGUCGGCCCCAGCACUAUCAUUGUCGGACACUCGCUCAACAAUGACUUAACAGCCUUGCGGUGGAUUCAUCCCCUAGUAUUGGACACGAUGUUAAUAGAUAACCUUAUCCUCAAAGAAGCGCAAAAAAUAGCUCAAGAGAUCGAGCAAGACUCACAAGUAAAGAUAAUUCAGUCUGAGCCUGUCGUGGUUAAUAAUGUAGCUGGGACUGAAGAAAAAAAGAAAAAGAAAGUCAAGGGCUCAGGAGUCCUUUCUCUAAAGACUAUGACAAGGGAGAGAUUAGGGCGUGACAUUCAGAACCAAAAUUCUGGUCAUGAUAGUUUAGAAGAUGCCAUUGCCACAAGGGACAUAGCUCACUGGAAUGUAGUUGUCAGGGGAGACAUACCGAUUGAUCUAUUUGAUUAUCCUCUUCCAUAG